AACAUUGGGUGAACCACACGAACCGUAUCACAAGAAACCUGACCCACCAUCUAACUCAACAUUGAGUUUUCACUCAUCACAAUCACAGGUAGCUUUCGCACACACUUCACCUUCUUUUCGUGCGGAAACUGUUCCCGUUAGUCUCUUCUUCACUCCGCUGUUUCUCAACAAACACUCACACUCUUCCAACGCGAUCACACCCUUCAUCCAAACCCACCAUCAAUCAACACAUUCCUCAGAUGGCCUUGCAAACAGCUACUCCUCCAACUGCUCCGAGCGCCGAAAUGGUUGGUAAUGCAUUUGUUGAGCAGUAUUAUCACAUUCUUCACCAAUCUCCCGAAUUGGUCUAUCGGUUUUACCAGGAGUCUAGCGUGAUAAGCCGUCCUGAUUCCAAGGGCGUGAUGACAUCAGUUACAACCAUGAAAGGCAUUAAUGAGAAGAUUCUUUCGCUAAACUUCAAGGAAUUUAAAGCAGAGAUAAAGACCGCAGAUGCUCAAAAAUCGCACAAUGAAGGAGUGACUGUGCUGGUGACUGGAUGUUUGACUGGGAAGGAUAACCUGCGAAGAAAAUUCGCGCAGUCGUUCUUCCUUGCUCCACAAGAGAUCGGCUUUUUUGUUCUGAAUGAUGUUUUUAGGUAUGUAGAAGACCACGAACCUUCGGAACCGCGUCCAGUUAAUGAAAAUCACGACGCGAUUGCUGUUACUGUAACCACAGAACCAGAGCCAAUUCAUGUUGCUGAUCCACCUCCACCGGACCCUGUGAAUUCUCACGUGAUAGAGCGCCAAAUUGUUGCUGAGAAUGCUUACGAGCCUUCUAACCAUCAUGAGACAAAGAUAGUUGCUGAAAAUGAAGACAUCGUAGAGGCUGAUUUUCAGUCGAAUGAAAACGAUGAUUCCCAGGAAGCUGAUUUCACUUCUUCGUCUCUAGAAGAUGCUCCGAAGAAGUCUUAUGCAUCGAUUGUUAAAGUCCAAAAAGGAAAUGUGGUAUCGGCUAAAGUGUAUGUGCCGACUAAGAAUGUGAAGAAGGCGGCUAACAGAACUGAGAGUCAAGUAGUUGAGGCAAUUGAAUCCGUUGCGGUGGCUGAAGCAGUGCCGGAUAGUGUUGGAAACCCUGAAAGUAAUGAUAGUUAUGAGCAAGUCGAUGGACACUCCAUUUACGUUAGAAAUUUGCCGUUAAAUGUGACGGUUGCUCAGUUGGAAGAGGAGUUCAAGAAAUUUGGCCCAAUCAAGCCGGGAGGCAUCCAAGUCAGAAACAAUAAGCAGCAGGGGUACUGUUUCGGCUUUGUCGAAUACCUAUCACUAAAUUCAAUGACUAAUGCAAUCCAGGCUUCACCUAUUGAUAUCGGGGGACGUCAAGCUGUUGUCGAGAUAAAGAGAACCACUACCCGAGUUGGUGGUGGCAUUGGAAGACCUAGGAUUCCAUCAAGAAGCGGCUUCCGAAACGAUUCAUUCAGGGGUCGUGGAAACUUCGGCGGUGGUCGAGGCUAUGGUCGAAACAACGACUAUGGAACCCGAGGCGAGUUUUCUAUCCGGGGCCGCGGUCCACGUGGCCAUGAAGAAAGUUACCAUCGAGGAAGAGGUAGAGGCGGAGACCGGUCUAGCGUUUUGAAACAAAACUUCGUCGCUACCGAAUGAUUUUUCCGACGACUUUGUAAGGGCUUUUUUGGUGGGAUACAAACAUGGAAAAGUUCAAAAUUUUCAUGCCAACUUCAAAUUUCACAGAUUUCUCAGUUACUUUUCACUGCAUUUGCACAGUUUGUAGUGUUUCUAGUUGUUAUUUGCAAUGAUCAGAAAUAGGUUAUAUAUACUCUUUUUAAGAAGUUCAAUGUUUGUAUUUUGAUUUUA